AUGAAACUUAGAAACCAAACACGUGUUUCAGAAUUCAUUCUUUUGGGACUCUCAGAAGAGGCAAAUCUGCAGCCCCUACUCUUUGGACUCUUCCUGUCCAUGUACCUAGUUACCUUCAGUGGGAACCUGCUGAUCAUCCUGACUAUCAUCACGGCCUCUCACCUCCACACACCCAUGUACUUCUUCAUCUUCAGUCUCUCUUUUACAGACAUUUGUUUCACCUCCACCACUGUCCCAAAGAUGUUGAUGAACAUUGAGAUGCAGAGCAAAGUUAUUACCUAUGAAGAUUGCAUCACUCAAUUGUAUUUUUUCAUACUUUUUGUUUCAUUAGACCAUUUUCUCUUGACAGUGAUGGCUUAUGACCGAUUUGUGGCCAUAUGUCACCCCCUACACUACACAGUCAUCAUGAACCCAAAGUUCUGUUGUAUCCUAGUUUUCGGUUCCUUAUUACUGAGUUCUCUGGAGUCUCUAUUAAAUAGCUUAAUGAUUUUGCGACUGUCUUUUUGUACAGAAUUGGAAAUCUCCCACUUUUUCUGUGAAUUUAAUCAGGUACUCCAACUUGCUUGUUCUGAUACUUUCCUCAAUGACUUAAUUUUGUAUUUUGUAGCUGGACUUCUGGGUGUUAUUCCGUUCACUGGGAUCCUUUUCUCUUACUGUAAGAUUGUGUCCUCCAUUUUGAGAAUUUCAUCUGCUGAGGGGAAGUCUAAAGCCUUUUCCACUUGUGGGUCUCACCUCUCAGUCAUUUGCUUGUUCUAUGGUACAUCUUUUGGAGUUUAUCUUAGUUCUGCUGCUUCCCCAAAUUCCAAGGCAUCUGCAAUAGCCUCAGUGAUGUACACUGUGGUCACCCCCAUGCUGAACCCCUUUAUCUAUAGUCUUAGAAAUAAGGAAAUAAAGCAGGGUCUAAGAAAACUUUUAACCCGAGAAACAUUUCCUCCAUAA